UAUAACCACAGCCGCCUAGUAGCAGUGACCUCUGGCCACCACAGAGCUCAGGACCCUAGGAGCUCUCUGCCACCCAGGACAUGGAAGCCGUGGAGUUUUACAACUACAGCGAUUACGAGGACAGCAUACUGAACCCAGGCAAGCCCGUGGACCACCACGUGGAGCAUCUGUCCACCAAGGACCUGCUUGCCUUGGUCAUCUUGGCAGUUGUCUUCCUGGCGGGUGUUCUGGGCAACACCCUUGUGGUCUGGGUGACCACGUGCGAGGCCCGGCGCAACAUCAACGCCAUCUGGUUCCUCAACCUGGCAUUGGCCGACCUCCUGUCUUGCCUGGCACUGCCCGUCCUGUUCGUGUCCAUUGUCCACCUCAACCACUGGCACCUCGGCGACACCGCCUGCAAAGUGCUGCCCUCGCUCAUCCUGCUCAACAUGUACACCAGCAUCCUGCUCCUGGCCACCAUCAGCGGGGACCGCCUGGCACUGGUGCUCAGCCCCAUCUGGUGCCAGCGCUUCCGGGGCAGUAGCCUGGCCUGGGUGGCCUGUGGGGCAGCCUGGUUCCUGGCGCUGCUGCUGACCAUCCCGUCCUUCGUGUACCGCAGGACGCACCAGGAGUACUUCCCCGCUAAGACGCUCUGUGUCACAGACUAUGGCUGGGGCAACGAACGCAGGGAGAAGGCCGUGGCCCUGGUGCGGCUGGUCGUGGGCUUCCUGGGCCCGCUGUUCAUGCUUACCAUCUGCUACACCUUUCUCCUGCUUCGGACCUGGAGCCGCAGGGCCACGCGCUCAGCCAAGACGGUCAAGGUCGUGGUGGCGGUGGUGAGCAGCUUCUUCAUCCUCUGGCUGCCCUACCAGGUGACUGGGGUCCUGCUGGCCUGGUACCCUGUGACCUCAUCCAUCUACAAGAGCACCAAGGCCCUGGAUGCCCUGUGUGUCUCCAUCGCUUACAUCAAUUGUUGCAUCAACCCCAUCAUCUACGUGGCGGCAGGCCGCGGCUUCCAGGGCCGGCUGCUCAAGUCCCUGCCCAGUGUCCUGCGCAAUGUGCUGACUGAGGACUCACUGAACAGGGAGAGCAAGUCUUUCACACGCUCUACGGUGGACACCAUGCCCCAGAAGAGUGAAUCGGUGUGAGGGGAGGCCUCCAGGACCGCUGCGCACUCAGCGGUCCCCCUUCGCUUUGGGCCUGUCUCUGUCUAGGAGCGAGGCAGGCUGGCCUCCAACUCAUGGAGAUCCUCCUGUCUCAGCCUUCUGAGUGUUGGGAUUAGAGGCAUGUGC